AUGUCUCUCCAAUCAGCUCUGAUUGGUUUCCUUAUAUCAAAAUUGUUCCCUACACCAAUUAGCCCUCAAGAAAAUGUCGUCCUACAAACCAUUGCUGUCGCCACGGGCACAAUGCCUCUGGCCGCAGGAUUCGUAGGAAUCCUUCCCGCACUCGGGCUGCUCGACGAAGAGAGGGAUGGCGUACCGCCCUUGUUUCUGUCGGGGAUUAAAGCGAUCGGGUGGUCGUGCGCGGUCGCAUUCUUUGGUGUCUUCCUAUCUCCCCCAAUCCGCAAGCAGGUGAUCAUAGAAGAGCAGCUUGCUUUCCCUUCUGGGACCGCAACCGCUCAACUUAUUUCUGUCCUUCAUCGAAUUCCCCCGCCUGAUACCUCGGUCCGACGGCGUAGAGGCUACCAAGCCAUCGAAGCGGACGAAGAAGCAGAACGGCCUGCCAUUGAGUCCGUUGAUCAUGCGGACAUCACUGACCUUGAUGAGCCGGAAGUGAUAGCGCAGGAAGGAUGGGGAGCUUUGAUUUGGAGCUUUGCGGCGUCUGGUGCCAUGACUUUGGCAGCAUAUUUCUUUCCCGUCGUCUUCUCAGUUCCAUUGUUUGGAAAUUACCUCGCAAGCGAGUGGCUCUGGACUUUCACUCCAAGUCUGUCGUACAUAGGACAAGGUAUCAUCAUGGGCUUUCCAACAACUUUGAGCAUGAACCUCGGUAUGCUGGUCGGCUGGGGCAUCCUAUCUCCACUAUCCAAAUACUCCAGUUGGGCUCCGGGUCCUGUGGGUGAUAUGACCGACGGCGCUCGAGGCUGGAUCCUCUGGAUCUCGCUUGCUAUCAUGUGUGCAGACAGCUUGGUAUCUCUCAUACCAGUCAUCUACGAGGUAUUCUACUCCAAAAUUUGGAAUGGUGCGAUCCGUCUCGGAAGCUCGCCAGAAGUGAUCGACAAAGACGAUCAAGAGAUAGAGAUUCCUGACAGACUGGUGCCUAUGCGAUGGGUCGUUUGGGGUCUCGCUGGGAGCAUCAUUCUCGGGACGCUCCUGGUUUGGAUGGUUUUCGGUAACGAGGGAAUCAAGCCAUGGGCAACAGUCCUUGGUUUCAUCAUGGGCGGUUUGCUGAGUCUGCUCGGCGUUCGCGCAUUGGGGGAGACGGAUUUGAAUCCUGUCAGCGGACUGGGAAAAAUAAGUCAGCUCUUCUUCGCGUGGAUCCAGCCCGGAAACAUCGUCGCCAAUAUCAUCGCCGGAGGUGUAGCUGAGGCAGGUGCUCAACAAGCUGGUGACCUCAUGCAGGAUCUCAAGACUGGCCACCUAAUUAGAGCAUCUCCCCGCGCCCAGUUUUUCGGGCAGCUCAUCGGCUCCUUAUUGUCCAUUCUCGUGACCACGACAGCGUACACGUUGUACACCCGAGCAUAUCAGAUUCCCGGGCCGUCAUUCCCAGCACCGACCGCCUACGUCUGGCUCGGCCUUGCGCGUCUGCUACGCGAUGGGCAACUCCCAGCCAAGAGUAGCGAGUUCAUGCUGGCUUCCGCUAUCAUUUUUGGUUUAGUGGCUGCUCUAAAGGCUUAUGCACAACGUCGGGGCGCGUGGUAUACAAAGUGGAUACCUUCUGGGGUCGCUUUCGCUAUUGGAUUUUUGAACACCCCAUCGUUCUCGCUCGCCCGUCUCAUCGGUGGAAUGGUCGAAUACCUGUACUACAAACGUAUCGGGCGCGAGAACGCCGGCAUUCGGCUCAUCAUUAUCGCCAGUGGCUUUGUGUUGGGAGAGGGGGUGUCCAUGUCGCAAAAGUCUGCCCAGCCUAGCCCAGAAGAAGCGAAACGGCAAGCUCAGCUGGAGGCAAUCGACUUAAAAAAUUAUCUAGCAUACCAGGAUGCCAUGAAUCGGUAUAUAUAUGACACCGCGAAUGGCAAGUUGAAUGUGCCGAAGCGAGAUGAGAUAGCGUGGAAGAGUCUCUGGGAGCACAGCAGCGUCGACGAUGAUGGCCGAGUCGACACAUGA